CUGUUCACCGCAUUUACCUUUCCUCCUGUCCACCUCCUCUCGGACUCCGACAACCUUCACUUGAACAUCCACACAGUCUCUUUGGUGACUUUCUUGGGUAGCCCAAGGUUUACAAUAUGGUUGUAGCCACAAUCAAGUGUGUUGUCGUCGGUGACGGUGCGGUUGGAAAGACUUGCCUGUUAAUUUCGUACACAACGAACAAGUUCCCUUCGGAAUAUGUUCCCACCGUCUUCGACAAUUAUGCUGUCACGGUCAUGAUUGGCGAUGAGCCAUACACCUUGGGUCUCUUUGAUACCGCCGGUCAGGAGGAUUAUGAUCGCCUCCGUCCUCUUUCCUACCCCCAAACCGAUGUCUUUCUCGUCUGCUUCUCCGUCACUUCCCCCGCCUCCUUCGAGAACGUCCGCGAAAAAUGGUUCCCCGAAGUCCACCACCACUGCCCUGGUGUUCCUUGCCUAAUUGUCGGCACGCAAACCGAUUUGCGCGACGAUCCCGCUGUUCGGGAAAAGCUUUCUCGUCAAAAGAUGCAGCCCAUUCGCAAGGAAGACGGAGAUCGGAUGGCCAAAGAACUGGGCGCUGUGAAAUACGUGGAGUGCUCCGCCUUGACGCAGUACAAGCUCAAGGACGUCUUUGAUGAGGCCAUCGUCGCCGCCCUGGAGCCUGCUCCCAAGAAGUCUAAGAAGUGUGUGGUAUUGUAAAACAAUCACAUCUCUUACAUCGCAGGCUGGUACGCGCCAGAGGAUUGCACACUUGUCGUCGGGGCAUCACAGACAUGUCGUAUGAUUUUGGAGGAACGGAUUGUUUUAUUUC